AUGGCACGGCCGAAAAACGACGCAAGAGAAAAGAUAGAAAUUACACUAUUUGGCGACAUAUUCCCGUUUGUCCGCAACAUACAGUAUCCAACCGGCACGCAGUUGCGCCUCGCCUCCAGCGAGGAAGUAACCGCAUCACCUUUCCAUCCUUGCUUUUUUCUCCCCUCCCCCCCACCCCCCCCUGCCGCCGACACACAGCGUGCGAACCGCACGCACGGCGAUUCCCGACGACGCCAACCCGGCACCGAGCGUCCAUGCGAGCGGCCAGGCCGGCGGGCAGGCGGAUGUCGCUUUCGCGCGCGAGCUCGAGCUCGCGCGACCCAUACCGAGAUGACUCGAUUCCCGCGGAGCAAUACGAUACGUCGCGCUCGCGCUUCAGCGACGCGAGCUUGUUCGAGCGCGGCGCGGACGGCAGCGCCAGGACAACGUUCCCGUGGCGGACUACGCUUGGAUAAGGACCGCGGGACGUCGAUCGCCUUCAUUUGCUUGGGGUGCGUCACGUUUCUGCCCGGCGUGUAUGUCGUGUUCAAUCUCGUGCAGGUGCUGAGGGGGGCGCCCGGGUUUCAUUUGUCGGACUUUGCGCAUUGGGAUGAUUAUAGGUGGUGAGGAAGACAAUGGGAGUACGAGAAAGAAGAAACCUAGUUUAGAAACGAUUCAUGAAGAAGCGGAUCGGUGAACGUCAUGGGUUUCCCAAAACGGAUUAGCCGCUACCUCUCGAGGUAGGUGGGGUUAACCGGAGGUGCCAUUCUGUAGCAACACGCAAGUGCAGGCUGUAAUGCAGUCGACGCUUCCUGGGUCGUCCUCGCUGGCGACGUCCUUGUUGGCGAAUUCGGUGACGUCGGCAUCCGCUAAAAAUAAUCAUAUUACGCCA